AUGGCCCUCAACUCCAUCAACGUGCAUGGCAACCAACCUUCACACACUCAGCCUUCCCUGCCUGCGUUGCCCGCUCACCUACAAUCAGACACACAGCUCACCGCACACUUGGCCAGCCGAUUCCAUGUCUCCCUACCAGUGGCAAGGCUGUCUUCACGGGCCUUGAUCUCGCUCAAUACCUAUACCUCAUCCGCCAAGGGUCCCGAUGGAGGGAAAGCAGGAAGUGCGAUGGGCGAGGCGGAGGAUUUGGCCGGAAGAGCAUGGUCAAGACUGGGGCAAAGAGCCGAAAAUCAAGCCGUCCUCUUCUUGGGAGAGUCCGGCUCGGGAAAGACAACACUGCGCUCCCACGUCCUCUCCUCAAUCUUGUCAUUCUCCUCAACGCCUCUUUCGACAAAGCUUUCCCUCGCUGCUUUCGUUUUUGAUACGCUCACGACCACAAAAUCCGUCACUACACCUACGGCUUCGAAAGCUGGUCUCUUCUACGAGUUGCAGUACGAUGCAUCAUCCAUGGCAAAUCCGACCCUCAUUGGAGGGAAGCUACUCGACCACAGGUUAGAGCGGAGUCGCAUUGCUUCCGUUCCGACCGGUGAACGAAGCUUUCAUGUACUCUAUUACUUACUUGCUGGGACCAGCCAAGCCGAGAAGAGUCACCUAGGCCUCGACAAUCCAGGCAUCGUCGCUGAGAGCGGCGUAGCAAAUCGCACAUCUGGAACUAUCGGUCAUAAGAGGUGGAGAUAUCUUGGUCACCCUACACAGCUAAAGGUUGGUAUCAAUGACUCCGAAGGGUUUCAGCAUUUCAAGACAGCCUUGAGAAAGCUCGAGUUUCCACGAGGUGACAUCGCCGAAAUAUGCCAGAUAUUAGCAAGCAUCAUGCACAUUGGGCAAUUGGAAUUUACGACAAGCGAAGCAACUAUGCCGGCAGCAGAUGAGAGUGGGGGCUACUCGCAUGAGGGAGGCGAAACGGUCACGGUCGUGAAGAAUCGAGAAGUUCUCAGCAUUAUUGCUGCUUUCUUAGGCCUAAGCGCCCAGGAUCUUGAACAGAGCUUGGGCUAUAAGACCAAAACAAUCGCUCGCGAAAGAGUGACAGUGAUGCUGGACCCAAAAGGUGCACGUGAAAAUGCGGAUGAACUUGCGCGAACAUUGUAUUCGCUGCUCGUGGCUUUUAUAUUCGAGCAAACAAAUCAACGGAUAUGCGCCGAAGAUGAGUCCGUGGCGAACACGAUAUCCCUGGUUGAUUUUCCUGGUUUCGCCCAAUCUUCUGUCACAGGCUCAUCCCUUGAUCAGCUCUUAAAUAAUGCAGCCACAGAGCAAAUGUACAACUUUGCUUUGCAGAGCUUCUUUGAAAACAAAUCGGAUCUCCUAGAAAGUGAAGAUGUGACCGUGCCCGCAACAAGCUAUUUCGACAACUCGGAUGCUACUCGAGCGCUCAUGAAGCACAACAAUGGCUUGCUCAGCAUACUCAGCGAUCAAAGCCGUAGGGGCAGGACUGAUCACCAAUUCCUCGAGAGCAUCCGAAAGCGCUUUGAGAAUAAGAACCCCGCUAUCGCAGUUGGUAGUGCAACCACCAAAAUGCCUGGCACUAAUUUUAUGGUGCAAAAUAAUGAGGCUACCUUCACUGUCCGUCAUUUCGCUGGGGAAGUCGACUAUCCGAUCAAUGGACUAGUCGAGGAGAAUGGCGAGGUUGUGCCUGGGGAUUUGAUGAAUCUAAUCAAUUCCACGAAGAGCGACUUCAUACGUCAACUUUUUGGACAAGACGCACUGCAUACUGUAAUGCACCCUAAUGAGAAGACCGCUGUCAUGCAAGCGCAGGUCAGCUCUAAGCCUCUACGCAUGCCCAGCAUGGCCAGACGACGACCUGAAAGACCUGGACGGCUUGGUGCGCAACGUAUGAGCACUAAUUACUCCAACGAGGACGAACUGGACACAUCGCCAGGCGAAACUCGCAAAAGAAGUGCCGAUAAUCGGAAGGGAAAUCGUCUCGUUGGGAUUGACCAAGGUGCCUCUGGUCAAUUCCUAUCGUCUCUAGACAACAUUAUUCAAUCCAUUUCCUCGCCAAAUACGAAUUCUUACUUCAUCUUUUGCCUGAAGCCGAAUGAUCGCCGGAUUGCCAACCAAUUUGACAGCAAAUGUGUCCGGACCCAAAUUCAAACCUUUGGUAUUGCCGAGAUCAGCCAGCGGCUGAGGAAUGCAGACUUCAGUUUGUUCCUUCCAUUUGGUGAAUUCCUUGGCUUGACUGAGGCUGAAAAUAUUAUGGUUGCAAGUGAGCGAGAGAAGGCAGAGGCCGUACUGAACGAGAAAAGAUGGCCUGGAAAUGAAGCACGCAUUGGAACGACCGGUGUCUUCUUAAGCGAAAGGAUCUGGGCCUCGAUAGCCAAAGAAAGCGGUAAAGCACUUACUAACGACCGAGGACGCUUCUUUGAUACUGAUUUGAGUGACAUUGGAGACGACGGUCUUACGCCCAUGGAAAGCCGGGGCGUGACAGGGUCUAGAACCAAUCUUCUCGCACCUUCCAAAUCCCCUACGCCGGGAGCAUACAUAUACGGUGAUGAAGGCAAGCAUGGUGAAUAUCUCAGUGGACGAGAAGUUGACGGCCGCUCCGAUGCUGGUGCCUCAGCUUUCAACUCUGGCGACAUGUUUCAGAAUCUUGAAACUCGGGAGCAGAUGGCAGAGAAAGGCAAUAAGAAAAAGUUAGAGGAAGUUGACGAAGUCAAGACCACGGGCAGUCGCAAACGCUGGCUCGCUAUCGUGUGGCUAUUGACAUUCUACAUUCCAGACUUUCUCAUCAAAUGGACUGGCCGAAUGAAACGAAAGGAUAUCAGGACGGCCUGGAGAGAGAAGUUUGCCAUCAACCUUAUCAUAUGGUUGAGUUGUCUCUUCGUCUGCUUCUUCAUUGUGAUCUUUCCGCAGAUCAUUUGCCCGAAGCAGCAUGUUUAUUCGGCUUCCGAACUAUCUAGCCACGAUGGAAAGAAGGGGCACAGCUCUUUCGUCGCGAUUCGUGGAGAAGUCUACGAUCUGGGCGCCUUUAUGCCAAGCCACUACCCCAAGAUCAUUCCACAAUCGGCUUUGAAGAAGUAUGCUGGUCUAGAUGCCACAAGCCUCUUCCCUGUCCAGGUCUCUGCGCUAUGCAACGGCAAGGAUGGUAGCGUCGAUCCUAGCGUCCAGCUGGGGUACACACCUACCAAUGUAACGGGUUCUCCAACAGCGAACAGUGCUAUAGACCUGAAUGCCAAAUAUCACGAUUUUAGAUACUAUACGAACGACUCGCGGCCCGACUGGUGGUGGGAGCAAAAGCAAGUGCUGCGCUAUAAUUACAAAAAAGGUGAUGUUGGUUACACACCAUCAUAUAUCCAUACACUGGCUUCCAAGAAACAAUACAAUAUUGGCAUCAUCAACGGCAAGGUCUACGACAUGACAGCCUACAGCAAAGGUAAUGGGCGGGCAGAAGCUCCUCAAGGUCAAAGUCCACCAAAAGACGUUGACACCCAGUUCAUGGACCCAAUCGUGACGGCACUGUUUUCUCAAGGUUCUGGCCGAGAUCUCACCAAAGACUGGCAGAAUAUCCAGCUUGGCCCAGAUGUGAAGAGACGAAUGGAGAUCUGUCUCGACAACCUGUUCUACGUCGGAAAAUCGGAUACAAGGAAUUCACCACAAUGCAAAUUCUCUCAGUACAUCCUACUUGCCAUUUCGAUCCUCCUGGUUAGUGUCAUCGGUUUCAAGUUCUUUGCUGCAUUACAAUUUGGAAAGAAGAACCUGCCGGAAAAUCUCGAUAAGUUCGUGAUCUGCCAGGUCCCAGCCUACACUGAAGAUGAGGACUCACUCCGUCGUGCCAUUGAUUCAGCCGCACGCAUGAAGUACGAUGAUAAACGCAAGCUUCUUGUCAUCGUUUGCGAUGGUAUGAUCAUUGGCCAGGGUAAUGACCGGCCUACGCCCCGCAUCGUGCUCGAUAUCCUCGGUGUCUCGGAAACUGUCGAUCCUGAACCUCUCAGCUUUGAAAGUUUGGGUGAGGGAAUGAAGCAACACAACAUGGGCAAAGUGUAUUCCGGCCUAUACGAGGUGCAAGGUCAUAUUGUUCCAUUCCUGGUGGUGGUCAAGAUAGGCAAGCCUUCUGAAGUCUCUCGACCUGGGAACCGAGGCAAACGUGACUCGCAGAUGGUGAUCAUGCGGUUCCUAAAUCGUGUACACUACAACCAUGCAAUGAGCCCUCUGGAACUGGAAAUGCAUCACCAAAUACGAAACAUCAUUGGAGUCAACCCGACCUUCUAUGAGUUCAUGUUACAGAUUGAUGCCGACACGGUCGUGGCACCAGACUCUGCCUCUCGAAUGGUGGCUGCUUUCCUGCACGACACUCGCUUGAUCGGCAUAUGCGGAGAAACAGCCUUAUCAAACGCUAAAUCUUCGCUCACCACCAUGAUCCAAGUAUACGAAUACUACAUAUCUCAUAACCUGACAAAGGCGUUUGAAUCCCUUUUCGGCUCUGUGACCUGUCUCCCGGGAUGCUUCACCAUGUAUCGCAUCAGAGCUGCCGAGACAGGAAAGCCACUCUUCGUCAGCCGGGAGAUUAUCGAAUCGUAUUCGCAAGUCCGUGUCGACACUCUGCACAUGAAGAACCUCCUUCAUCUUGGUGAGGAUCGUUUCCUGACUACUCUUCUCCUCAAGCAUCACCCAAAGUACAAGACCAAAUACACUUUCCAUGCUCACGCUUGGACUAUUGCACCCGACAGCUUCAAGGUUUUCUUGUCUCAGCGUCGGAGAUGGAUAAACUCGACGGUCCACAACCUUGUCGAAUUGAUCCCACUCCAACAAUUGUGCGGCUUCUGCUGCUUCAGUAUGAGGUUUGUCGUUUUCUUGGAUUUGCUGUCUACCGUUGUUCAGCCGACGGUAGUAGCAUACCUUACCUAUCUCAUUGUGGUAGUCUCUUUGAAUAGCACAGUCAUCCCGUUGAUGGCGUUUGUCCUCCUUGGCGCCAUCUAUGGUUUGCAAGCGAUUAUCUUCAUUCUCCGGCGGAAGUGGGAGAUGAUAGGAUGGAUGAUCAUCUAUAUCAUAGCUAUACCAGUCUUUUCCCUGGGUUUGCCACUGUACUCAUUCUGGCAUAUGGACGACUUCUCAUGGGGUAAUACCCGUGUCGUUACUGGUGAGAAAGGCCGCCAAAUCGUCAUCUCCGAUGAAGGCAAGUUCGAUCCAAACAGCAUUCCGAAGAAGAAGUGGGAAGAGUAUCAAGCGGAGCUGUGGGAUGCUCAAACCCAACGAGACGACAAGUCGGAGAUAUCAGGUUACUCGUACCAGACCAAGUCACGCUACGCUGGCUCAGAUUACGGGUACCCACCUUCGAGGCCAAUGUCUCAGAUGGAAAUACCAAGAUAUGGCUCGCGGCUGUCACUUGCACCGUCGGAGAUGGGAUUGGCGAAUGCGCAGAUGAGCAAAGAGGGCGUCAUGAUGUCCGAAUUUGCUGAAUUGCCUAGUGACGAUGCAAUUUUGGCCGAGAUUAGGGAUAUACUAAGGACCGCUGACUUAAUGUCCGUGACGAAGAAAAGUAUCAAGCUAGAGUUGGAAGGUAGAUUUGGUCUCAACUUGGAUGCGAAGAGGGCAUAUAUUGGUUCCGACGUCAUUGACUAA